AGCUGCUCCGGAGCUGGCCAAUGUGGUGAUGCUGAAGACAUGUGUGGGCUCUUCGGCGGCUUCGACGCUUGCUAGGCGCCGUCGAUUUGCCUCGCCAUCGAAGCCGAAUGGAUUGGCCAAGGUUCAAUCUGUGCUGGCGGUCGCUUCCGGCAAGGGUGGUGUCGGAAAAAGCUCAGUUUGCGUCAACCUGGCCUACACCAUGCAGAAGUACAUGGGGCUGAAGGUUGGCAUCCUGGACUCGGACAUCUAUGGUCCGUCACUUCCUACCAUGGUUCCGGCUAGUGUGGCUGAGAAAGUCUAUGGCUCGGACAGAGGAGGUAUUCUACCGCUGUAUUUUCAAGGAGUGCCUCUGAUGUCCAUGGGCUUUCUGAGACCAGGUGAGCAUGCGCCGAUCCGCGGACCUAUGGCAUCUGCAAUGGUGAAGCAGAUGUUGACCACCACAGAGUGGGGCGAGCUGGAUUGUCUGCUCAUCGACUUGCCUCCGGGCACCGGGGAUAUCCAUCUCACAGUGGCUCAGGAGGCCGCCCUCGAUGCGGCCAUCGUCAUCACUACGCCGCAGCAGCUGAGUCUGGUGGAUGUGGAGAAGGGCAUCCGCAUGUUCGACCAGGUGAAGAUCCCCACGGCCGCCAUUGUGGAGAACAUGUCCUUCUUCGUCUGCGACGGCUGCGGCAAACGCCACGAGAUCUUCCAGGGUUCCAGCGAAAAGUUGGCGAAAGACUUUGGCAUCCCACGUUUCUUCAGAUUUCCUCUGAGCCCCGCACUGUCUCGGACUGGUCUUCCCUUCAUCCUGGAGGAUGAUUCUUCCAGCAUUGCCGAGAUGCUGCGACGGGAAUAUCAACGCCUGGCCAAAGAAGCGCAGGCUGCAGUGCAGGAACUGAAAGGCGCCUUCCGCCCUUCCCUGCGGUCCGAAGUGGCCGGGGCGCUGCUGAUUUUGCGCAGCGAGGAGGGGGAAUUCGCCAUCGCUGCCAGGGAGGUGCUGUUGGAAUGCCGCUCCGCUAAGAUGCGCGACGAAAUGACUGGGAAGCGUCUUUUCCGAGAUGAUGAGAUCCCACAGAAUGUGACGGCCCUUGAGCUGAGUUCCGCAGGGCGCUAUGCCAUGUACAUUCGAUGGUCCAAUGAGCAUCGAUCGCUCUUCUCCUUUGAUCAUUUGAAAGAGAUUGCAGCGAAGAAAGGGCAAAUUUGGGGCAAAGACAGAUGAGCGGUUUGCGCUAUCUGUGGCCCCCAGCCAUUGGGGUUUUCAAAGCUGUUACAUCUGAGAGCAACGCCAGAAAUAUCUUUAGAUCUAGGUAAACUCCCCUGAAAGGUUGACAUGAAACUUUG